UUUAUGGAUCCAAUAAAUAUCCCUGCUGCAGGAUCAAGGCCUCAGAAAUAGACUCUUGAUUAAGCACCCUCUGUUAGAUAGAAGUACAUUUUUAAAUAAUGAAAUAGUCAACAAUAGAGAUCAGAUAUUUUUGGUGUGAAUUCAGGUCCUGUGGUCUAAGCAUCUAGUAGAUAAUAACAACGUGCUAAAACAGAUAUUUUCGGGGUUGAAUAAAGUGCAACAUAAUCACUUGCUUAAUCGAGAGUCGAAGUAACAUGUUACGCUAAUGAUUUCUAGACAAGAUAGACCAAAACUUAUCAAUCGAAUAUAUUUUAGGUUGAUCCCUCUGCUAAUAACACACACACAGCUAAAGAGACCAUUAAGACCUAAAAUAAAGGAAAGAAUACUGAAGCAAGACAUCAAGAUCAUGGAAAAGAUUUUUUGUUUGGAAAAAGCGGUAUUUUAAAAUACAAUCAAUAUAUUAGAUUUUGAUGAAUAUAAAUCAAUUAAGCGAACAUAAACAUUGAAGGAAUUCAAACCAAAAGAGGAAUAUGAUCCAGCCAACAGAAGAGUGAAGGAAUUGUAUGGGAAUGAAAUAGGAAAGGAACAUCUACCAACACAAAAGGUAUCACUGGAAGAAAAAAAGGAAACAGCUAAAAAGUAAUAGAAACAGGAUAUUGAUCCAUCAUAAAGAAAAUAAUUAGAGAACUCAUCAAAUGUUUUUGGAUAAAAUGAAAAGAAAACUUAUUAAUAACAGGGUAAAUAAGAAAAGUUGACAUCCCAAAAUCAAAAAUGGUCUACUUCUACUAAGGCAGUUGAUAAUAGUGGAAAGAAUUAUGAUCCAGAUACUUUUGCAAAGAAUAAAAAAGAACAGGAAUUAUAAUCCAGUGUAUUUGGAGGAGAAGCAAAACAAACAUAAAGCACAGCUACCAAAUCAAAAUUAAUUCCUACUAAUUAAACAUGGCAAUAAACAGAUACGGUUAAAAAUAUGAAAGAUUUUGAUCCAUCAUAGUCAUAAAUAAAUGAGAUUGAUCCUUCAUAAAAGAAGAUUGAUACAUUAAAAUCAACAUUAGAUACUCACGAUUAUAAGGCUUAACCUGUUAAGCACAAUGAAAAGCUGAGUGUCAAAUAGUAGAAGUACAAAAAAGAUGUCUUUACAAGGGGAGGUGAUAAAGAAUAGGCUCCUUCUCAAUAAAAAUAAAAAUAACCAGUCUAAUAACAGAAAGAAGUACAUGAAUAAUCAGAUAUGAUUUGA